AUGAGCCGCGUGGUCUUGGUCUCGCUGCUGCUGGGCGCCGCUCUGCUCUGCGGCCACGGAGCCUUCUGUCGCCGCGUGGUCAGCGGCCAAAAGGUGUGUUUUGCUGACUACAAGCACCCCUGCUACAAAAUGGCCUACUUCCAGGAACUGUCCAGCCGGGUGAGCUUCCAGGAGGCGCGCCUGGCGUGUGAGAGCGAGGGGGGAGCCCUGCUCAGCCUGGAGAACGCGGCCGAACAGAAGUUGAUAGAAAGCAUGCUGCAAAACCUGACAAAGCCAGGCACGGGGAUUUCUGAUGGCGACUUCUGGAUAGGCCUCUGGAGGAGUGGAGAGGGCCAAGCGUCCGGUGCCUGCCCAGAUCUCUACCGCUGGUCGGAUGGCAGCGGCUCCCAGUACCGAAACUGGUAUACGGAUGAACCUUCCUGUGGAAGUGAAAAGUGCGUUGUGAUGUAUCAUCAACCUACCGCCAAUCCUGGCCUUGGGGGCCCCUACCUUUACCAGUGGAAUGACGACAGGUGCAACAUGAAGCACAAUUACAUCUGCAAGUAUGAACCAGAGAUCAAGCCAACAACUCCUGGAGAGAAGACUUACUUUACAAACCAACCAGAAGACACCCAUCAAAAUGUGGUUGUUACUGAAGCAGGCAUAAUUCCCAAUCUCAUUUAUGUUGUCAUACCAACAAUACCACUGCUCUUAUUGAUACUGGUUGCUUUUGGAACCUGCUGUUUCCAGAUGCUGCAUAAAAGUAAAGGAAGGACAAAAACUAGCCCAAACCAGUCCACACUGUGGAUUUCGAAAAGCACGAGAAAAGAAAGUGGCAUGGAAGUGUAA